GCAACUCGUCGGAUUCGUUGCGCGUUUGAAGCUAAAGAAUUUUUUCCCAAAGCUCGUACAAUUGUAAAUCUCUCAAGAAAAAGCAAACACAACCAAAAUGCGGUGCGGUUUUAAAAAAUAAAUUUUUCGAAUCCUUUUUUGAAACAAAGAGUGCGAAAAGCACAGCGACAAAGUGAAGCAAAAUAGCGAGCAGUGCAGUUAGUUAAAUAAAACACAGACCAAAAUGUCGACAGUUGUGGAACAGGCGGCCACAGCGGGCAACCCGAAAGCGGCAGAGAUAUCAACUGCAAAAUCGGCAAUAUCUACGGCGACGGCAGCAGCUGCCACGCCCCUUGCCACAUCCGCCCCCGCAGCGGCGGAAAUCGAGCAGCUGCAACAGGCGUUAAUCGAGAAACAAACGCAGCUGUAUGCCCUGGAAUCGGCCUGUUUGAGGGAAACGGAGCGCCAAGUGGAGCUCGAGGAUAGUGUGAUAGCGUGGCAGGACAAGUACGAUCGGCUCUACGAAUCGCACAAGCGGGUUCAGAAGGUCAACCAGAGCCUGGAGGACAAGAUGCUCAAGCUGGUGGAUCGAAAUGCCGGCGAGAGGGCCCAGUUGACCAGCGAUGUGGCCACUUUGAGUGUGCGACUCGCCCAGGCAAACUUCAACAUCGCCAAGCUGCAGAGGGAAAUCGAACGCUACAAGGCCGACAUUAGCCUGGCCAUCCAAUUGCUGCAGUGCAAGCCGGAUAGUUUUGUGUCCCAGAAAGUGUCAUCGCUACCCAUUGAUAUUCAGUCGAAGGUGUCCGCGUACAUGAGACUGGAGACGAACUCCCACUCCGAUUCCGAGUGCAGCAAUAGCGGAGUAGGCGUGGCCACCACAGCUUCCUACAAAGUGCUUCCGGCCUCCGAUUCGCCGCCCCCCUCCGCCUGCCCCUUCCCGCCCACGGCCAUGGUGUACUCGAUGAGGGGAAUCGGUAGGUAUGCCGCCAAUGGGAACACGACCACAAAUCCUCAGCAGCAGUCGAAUCAACCCACGAAUAACAAUAGUAGCAAUAACAAGGACACUCUUAACAACAACAAUGUUAAUAACAACAGCAAUAACAAUUGCAACAAUCAAACCAAUACGAGCAUUAGCAAUAAUAAUCCAGCAACCAAUCCGGAUAUGAUAUCGCCCACCAUAAUGGCGAAGUUUUUAGAGGACGAACUGAAGGCAAAUGAGGUGAAACACUGCGAUACGUGUCAGUGCAGCAAACAGGACCUGCAGGUCCUGGCGGAUGUGUCUCGUUCCUAUUCGGUGUCCACCCAAACGCCCCAUCAGUUGCAGCUCCAAGGUUCGGGAUUGAACGAACCUCUGACCCAACUGUGUCUGAGAUGUCAUAGCAAUCUUAACUCCCCGUCGCGAACCAAUAGCCCAUAUCUGAUGAAGAUGGUCAAGUCCAGUGAUUCCGUAAUAUCAGAGACCAAGAGUUCCGUUUCGGAUCUGAACGACAUGGACAAGCUGUUUAUCCCAGCCAAAAAGGAUGACCUGAUGGUCAAUCCCAUACUGGGACAUCAUCGACUCUGCGAAAGAACUGCGAUUUCGGGACAGAAUACGGAGUAUGGCAAUGGAAAACUGACCACCUCUACGAUGAUGUAUCCCACCACACAUUUGGGUGCCUAUGCAGCGGAAAAGUAUCUCCUGGAGACGAGUAAUCUGGGCCAGCUGAGGAAUGGGUAUCAAAGGAGAUUUCUGGACGGCGGAGGAACUGCCCUGCAACUUCUAAACAAAUACGAAGCAGGUGCCGUGGGAGUAGUCCAUGGAGGUCUGGAGGAUGAGUCGAGUAAGCCUCUGCUGGCGGGUGUCUCGCAACCUAGUCUGCUGGAAGCGGAGCAAGCUCCUCCUCAGCAAUCGGUGGUUCCUGCUAAGCUGGAAGAUGUCUGCGAGCCACAGCCUAGUAAACCAGUUGCUCCACCAGGAAGUACUGCUCCUGCAGUCCCAUCGGGAACUCAGCUGAAGUCCACGAACUCCGGAAGCGUUCAGAGCCUGUGGAGCAACAAAACCAGCAGUUGCGAGGGGGCCAAAAUGUUUGAGACUUUCAACAGGAAUCUCAUUAAAACGAUCAAGGCGGAGAAUCCCAAGUACCGAGGACCUCGUUUGUGUGCCAUGCGAAUUCAGCAAAAUGGUCAGAGCAACAUCCUGCUGGACAAUCUGGAGUCCAUAGAGACCUACACACCAGUGAUCUACAAGCGGCGAGAGAAGCUCCUGGACGAGGAGCUCAACGAUGGCAAGGACAUCAUCACCAGCAAGGAGAGCAAUGCCCAGUCGGUGGUGGAAGCCUGGCAAGGACCCGCAGCUCCUCACGAGAAUGUUGCCCUGCAGCCAGUGCUCGAACCCCAAGUGGAAAACGCAGAACUGGAGCAAGUGGAGAUCAAAUCCGGUGACCAGGCGGCAAAUCCUGGUGUGAACUCCCCCAAACACUCGGCUAACUCUAGUUCCAUAAGCGAUGCCAUCGACUACCAGGAAAGUGUCCUUCUCAGACGCCAGCAACUCAGCAGGGUGGCUGAAUGGGUUCAGCAUAAUACCCAGCAGCUGGAGCAAAGGAACCUGCAGCAGGCUCCGCCGACCAGUGAUUCCAACUCCGGAACCGAACGACAAUCCUCGUACUCCACGCUAGACCGCAUGGACUCCAUAUCCAUAGAGAAACUCUCGAUGGAUUCUGGUUACAAGACCACACCGCAACAACUAACCAAUGGUUAUCCGGAGAAAUCUACGGAGGAUUCCCUCUCACCCAAGACAGAUAUCACUAGCAAUUCCUUGCCAGAAAACCCAUCUGCUACCGUUGUGCCGCCCAAGAAAACGGAAAUGUGCACCACUUACUACCGGAGAACAAGCAGAUCCGGACUGCCAGUGGCAUAUACCACGAUUGCCGGUGCCCCGGCUGACUCGAGCCCGCCCGGCGAGUCCACAUCCUCCGUUUCUGAGGCUCUCAUCUGCCCCGAACAGCCCACGUGUGAUAUACUCAACUACAAAUACUAUCCCAAUGACACGGACAAAACGCGAUCCGUGCAAGCGGAGCUGCACACGACCACCCAGAAUGUGGACAUAGCCCAGAUGGAGUACAAUGUGAAGCAGUUCCUGCUGAAGCAGAACGAGUGGUCCAUGAAUGGAGGAGCAUCUGGCGCAGGUCCCGGUGCGGUGCUACAAGGAUCUGGAGCAGCGCGCAUGCUGCAGCGCAGGAUCUUGGGUCCUGGCGUGGGCGAGCGGGUCAGGAUGGCCACGCCCGGAGGAGCGGUGGCCACCAAGUCCACCAGCCAGUCAUCCAACAUCCUGACGCCCCACAGAACUGAAACGAAUUUAUAAGCAAACGGGGUCGAGGAAUGCGCCACACAUCCGAGGAGUAAACCAAACUGUAUUCUAGCCUAGUUUUGCUAACUUUAGUUCGUACUCCACGGUCUAUAUAAAUACGAUAUAGCAAUGCUUAAGUUGGGUGAGGGGUUCUCAAAUGCAACACACACACAAACGUGCUAAUAGCAAUGAUACUAUACAUAUGUACGAUAAAUGUAAUACUUAAACCACAAUCUACAAACUAAGCUAGCUAAAGUUGCUUUGGAGCCAUCACUAAGCUGAUAAUCAGGCUAAAAAGGGUGAUCAAGUAUCCGAGGCGUUGGUUUAAGAUAGUUCUCAUAUGUAUUUCUGUUCUAUAAUCAACUGAUGUAGUUCUACUGAUAUAUAUUGUUUAUUAAGUAUGUAUGUUUAUUAUGUUUUAAUGUCUUCCUUUUCAUUACAAUUUAAUUUUUCUGCUUUCUUAAGAUGUCUUCCUUUAAGAGGAGAUCGAAGGAUCCAUUUUCUUAUGAAACCAACGCUGGAAAUCUGAAGCCCAGCAGCAAUUGCAGCUGAAAUCAAAAGCAAAUCUAAGACAUAUGAUAUGGUCACCCCUAACGAUAUAACCGAAAAUUAUAAACAAAAUAAAAUCGCGUAACUUUUU